GUUAUUCGUUCGUUCGAUUCCAUCUUCUGCUGUCGUCCUUCGUUGCCUGCUCUCCUUUGCUUUUUCGUUUUCGUGUUCCACAACAACGACCUCUUUGUUCGAGUUUUUGGUAAGUUCUUUGGCGCGUGUCAAUUCGCACGUGUAUCGGAUAAUUUGGAGCUUUCUCCGUCUCUCUGUAUUUGUUUGUCUGCCAGUCAAUCACCGAUCGCCACCCUCUUUCUCGUCGCCGAAACCCAUUGCUACCAUCCCAAGCUUUCGGUCAAUUUACGGCUCCGAUCGUUGCUUGGCUCGCUUAGAUACACUUUCAGUUUGUACAGUAUGGAUGCCUUUCUUUAAUGAGAAAGCAUGUGUAGAUGGUCCAUUCGACAUACUACUCUUGUUUCUGAGUUAUGCGGCACUUAGCAGUUAGAGGAAACUUGGUGAAGAAUAAAGAAGAUGAAUGUGCAAGCACAUAUGUCCGGACAUAUCUCAGGGCAGGUACCUAACCAGGCGGGUAAUCAGUUGCCUGUUCUGCCUCAGCAGAAUGGGAACCUCCCUUCCCAGAUGCAAAAUUUAGGUGGUCCUCGUACAUUCAACACAGACCCUGAUUUUGUCAGAGCUCGCUCAUUUAUGCAGGACAAGAUCUAUGAUAUCUUACAACAACGGCAAGCACAGCCAAUUAAUGACCUGCAAAAGAGGAGGCUUAGGGAUAUGGCUAAGCGCCUAGAGGAGGGUUUACUUAAAACAGCCCUUACGAAGGAGGACUAUAUGAACCCGGAUACUUUAGAGAGCCGUUUGCAUAACUGGAUUAAGCGGUUCUCUUUGAAUAAUCAGACCCAACAUUACUCACAGCAUGUUAAUUCUUCGCCUAUUGGUGCAAUGAUACCUACCCCCGGUAUGCCACACAGUGGGAAUUCAAACAUGAUGGUCACUCCCUCUCUUGAUACUUCAAUGAUUGCUACAAAUACCAUUGCAUCUAACACUGUCAACACAGGAAACCUGUUGCCAACAGCGGGCAUUCAUGGUGGUUCCUUCAAUAGAUCUGAUGGUCAUGUGUCUAAUGGAUAUCAGCAGUCUCCUGCUACCUUUUCCAUUGGUUCUGGAGGAAACAUGUCAUCAAUGGGUGUGCAAAGAGUUUCAAGCCAAAUGAUUCCUACUCCUGGUUUUAAUAGUAAUAUUAAUCAGUCUUACAUGAAUUUGGAUUCUUCUAGUAAUGGUGGUGGGCUUUCCACUGUCGAAUCUACUAUGGUAUCCCAGCCGCAACAGCAAAAGCAGCAUGUUGGUGGCCAAAACAGUCGUAUAUUGCACAACCUUGGUAGCCAUAUGGGUGGUGGAAUAAGGCCUGGAUUACAGCAAAAAGCUUAUGGGUUCUCAAAUGGGGCUCUGAAUGGUGGCCUAGGAUUGAUUUCUAGCAAUUUGCCACUUGUAAAUGAACCGGGUUCGUCUGAGGGCUAUCUAACUACCGCACCUUAUGCUAAUUCUCCAAAACCCAUACAGCAACACUUUGAUCAACAUCAGAGGCCAAUUAUGCAGGGUGAUGCAUAUGGAAUGGGCAAUUCUGAUUCUUUUGGGUCUGGGAACUAUUAUGGUGUUGCAACAUCUGUUGGGUCAAUGAUGAAUUCUCAGACUUUGAACUCAGUUAGCGUACCAGCUAUAUCCAAAACCACUUCUCCUCUGAUAAGUAACCAGUCGAAUAUGCUCAGCACCCAACAAACUCCCCAUAUAAAGCCUCAACCAAUUGAUCAAUCAGAAAAGAUGGGUUUCCAAAGUCCGAUGCCUUCAAGGGACAAUCUCCUCAAUUCUCAUACACAGCAGCAAUUUCAACAACAGCCCGUCCAAUUUCAACAGCAGCAACAAUUCGUUCAUCAGCAAAGUCAACUGAAGCAGCAAAAUCAGCAUGUACAGCAUUUGUUAAACAAUGAUGCUUUUGCUCAGUCACAACUGACAUCGGAUCUAAGUAGUCAAGUCAAGCGUGAGCCUGGAGUCGAGCACCAUAAUGAAGUUCUGCACUCACAAGUUCCAGAACACUUCCAGUUGUCUGAGAUGCCGAACCAAUUCCAGUCGAAUUCUGCUGAAGAUCAUUUAAGGAUGGCUCAACAUGUCUCUCUUCCAUCUGGUCAGCAUGAUAUUUGCUCCUCAUUAUCUCAAACUUCUCAGCACAGGCAACAACUUUUGCAUCCUCCCCAAGGGAUUGCAGAGGCUCAGAAUGAUUUUAGCUCACUAUCUGUUGGUGCUCAAUCAGAACCAGUAUCGCAGGGUCAAUGGCAUCCUCAAUCACAAGAUAGGAGUCAGAGACCAGGUAAUUUAUUGCUUGAGCAGCAUGUACAAGAAGAUUUUCGUCAGAGAAUGUCUGGGCAUGACGAAGCUCAGUGUAAUAAUUUAUCAUCAGAAGGAUCUGUCAUUGGUCAAAUUGUUGCUUCUAAAAGUACAGCUGAUCCCCCACAUACAGCUGGUGCACGUAAAUCUUCUGGUACGGAUAAUGAGAAACAGUUUAGAAAUCAGCAGAGAUGGCUUCUAUUCUUGAGACAUGCUCGUCGAUGUGAAGCUCCUGAAGGAAAAUGUCAAGACCUUAAUUGUAUAACUGUUCAAAAAUUGUGGAAACACAUUGAAAAAUGCUCCUCAUCUCCAUGCCCGUAUCCUCGCUGCCAUCAUACUAAGAUAUUGCUCCAUCAUAACAAGCAUUGUGUAGACCCAAAUUGCCCUGUUUGUGUUCCUGUCAAAAAUUAUAUACAGGCACACAUGAACAAGGCACGAAAUCGUCUAGAUCCAGCUUCUGGUAUUCCAAGUUCAGUGAGUGGUUCUUGUAAGUCCGAUAAUGGAGAUGCUUCUGCUAGAUUGAUUUCAAAGACUCCUCCAGUUGUUGAAAGCUCAGAGGAUAUGCAACCUUCACUAAAACGAUUGAAGAUAGAGCAGUCUUCUCAGUCUCUUAUCUCUGAGAGUCAAAGUACUGCUGUUUCAGUUUCUGCAAUUAGUGAAGCCAAUGUUUCCCAAGAUGUCCAACAUCAAGAGUACCAGCAUGGUGAAAUUUGUAUGCCAAUUAAAUCCGAGUUUACAGAAGUGAAGUUGGAAGUCCCUAAAGGUUCUGGAAGAGAUAAUCUUGGUGAGUUGAAGAAGGCUAAUGUCAGUGAUAGCUGCAACCAAGGCCCUGAAAUUGAACCUGUCAUAGCUGAUGAUCCUUCUGGUUUAGCUAAGCAGGAUAGCAUUAAACUUGAGAAAGAGAUCGAACCAGCUAAGCAAGAAGAUGCAAUACAACCUGUUGAACCUGCAGGUGGUACCAAGUCUGGGAAGCCAAAGAUAAAAGGGGUUUCAUUGACGGAAUUAUUCACCCCUGAGCAAGUGAGGGAGCACAUCAUGGGACUUAGGCAGUGGGUUGGCCAGAGUAAAGCAAAGGCAGAGAAGCACCAAGCAAUGGAGCACUCAAUGAGUGAGAAUUCCUGUCAGUUGUGUGCAGUUGAGAAACUUACUUUUGAACCGCCACCUAUAUAUUGCACACCUUGUGGUGCUCGCAUCAAACGCAAUGCAAUGUAUUACAAUAUGGGUGCUGGUGAUACUCGACAUUAUUUCUGUAUUCCAUGUUAUAAUGAGGCCCGCGGAGACACUAUCGUUGUUGAUGGGACUACCAUUCCAAAAGCUAAGCUAGAGAAGAAGAAAAAUGAUGAGGAGACUGAAGAAUGGUGGGUGCAAUGUGACAAGUGUGAAGCCUGGCAACACCAAAUUUGUGCUUUAUUCAAUGGCCGAAGAAAUGAUGGUGGGCAAGCUGAAUAUACUUGCCCUAAUUGCUACAUACAAGAGGUUGAAAGGGGAGAACGUAAGCCCUUACCACAAAGUGCUGUCCUUGGGGCCAAAGAUUUACCUAGAACAAUCCUCAGUGACCACAUAGAGCAACGGUUGUUUAGGAGACUGAAGCAAGAAAGACAAGAAAGGGCUAGAACUCAAGGAAAAAGCUAUGAUGAGGUCCCUGGAGCAGAAUCACUUGUAAUUAGAGUUGUUUCGUCAGUUGACAAAAAGUUAGAAGUGAAGCAGCGGUUUCUUGAAAUUUUUCAGGAAGAGAAUUAUCCAACUGAAUUCCCUUAUAAAUCUAAGGUAAUUUUAUUGUUUCAGAAGAUAGAAGGUGUAGAAGUAUGCCUAUUUGGCAUGUAUGUUCAAGAAUUUGGCUCUGAAUGUCAAUUUCCGAAUCAGCGUCGUGUCUAUCUCUCCUAUUUGGAUUCUGUCAAGUAUUUCAGGCCUGAAAUUAAAGCAGUUACUGGAGAGGCUCUUCGUACAUUUGUCUACCAUGAAAUUUUGAUUGGAUACCUUGAAUAUUGCAAGAAACGGGGUUUUACAAGCUGCUAUAUUUGGGCAUGUCCUCCAUUAAAGGGUGAAGAUUAUAUAUUAUAUUGUCAUCCAGAAAUUCAGAAAACACCAAAAUCUGACAAACUUCGUGAAUGGUAUUUAUCAAUGCUAAGAAAGGCUGCGAAGGAAAAUAUUGUAGCUGAUCUUACUAAUCUCUACGAUCAUUUCUUUGUAUCUACUGGUGAAUGCAAGGCUAAGGUUACUGCAGCUAGGCUUCCAUAUUUUGAUGGUGACUACUGGCCUGGUGCUGCAGAGGACCUGAUUUAUCAGCUUCGCCAAGAAGAAGAUGGCAGAAAACAGAACAAGAAAGGAACAACCAAAAAGACUAUCACUAAAAGGGCUCUAAAGGCAUCUGGUCAGUCUGACCUUUCUGGUAACGCUUCAAAGGAUCUGCUACUAAUGCAUAAACUUGGUGAAACCAUAUGUCCAAUGAAAGAAGACUUUAUAAUGGUUCAUUUGCAGCAUGCAUGCAACCACUGUUGUAUUCUCAUGGUAUCUGGAACUCGUUGGGUCUGCAACCAGUGCAAAAAUUUUCAAAUUUGCGAGAAGUGUUAUGAAGUAGAGCAGAAACGUGAAGAAAGAGAAAGACACCCCAUCAAUCAGAGGGAAAAACAUGUAUUGAAUCCUGUUGAAAUUACUGAUGUAGCUGCUGAUACGAAGGACAAAGAUGAGAUUCUUGAAAGUGAAUUCUUUGACACCAGACAGGCAUUUUUGAGUCUUUGUCAAGGGAAUCAUUAUCAGUAUGAUACCCUACGACGAGCUAAACACUCUUCAAUGAUGGUCCUUUACCAUCUUCACAACCCAACUGCUCCUGCAUUUGUGACAACUUGCAACAUUUGUCAUCUUGAUAUUGAAACAGGUCAAGGCUGGCGUUGUGAAGUCUGUGCUGAUUAUGAUGUAUGCAAUGCUUGUUAUCAGAAGGGUAGUGGUAAGGAACAUCCUCAUAAGUUGACCAAUCAUCCAUCCAUGGCUGAUCGCGAUGCUCAAAAUCAAGAAGCGAGACAAUUACGAGUUUUACAGCUUAGAAAAAUGCUUGAUCUUCUGGUACAUGCAUCACAGUGUCGUUCGGCACAAUGCCAAUACCCCAAUUGUCGUAAAGUCAAGGGUCUGUUCCGGCAUGGGAUACAAUGUAGAACACGUGCGUCAGGAGGAUGUGUGCUUUGUAAGAAAAUGUGGUAUCUCCUUCAACUUCAUGCCCGAGCUUGUAAAGAAUCUGAGUGCCAUGUUCCACGUUGCAGGGAUCUAAAAGAGCAUUUGAGGAGGCUGCAGCAGCAGUCUGACUCACGAAGAAGAGCUGCUGUGAUGGAGAUGAUGAGACAGAGAGCUGCUGAGCUUACCAGCAAUGCUGGAUGAUCAAAUUGUACAUAGAAAUAUGGAUGGUUUCAGAGAAAAUCCUUCAGAUCGAGAGGAGGUAAGAUUAGUUUACUACUGGUCUGCUAACACUGCUGGGAACCAGGUGGUGACAGCAACAGUGGUGCAAUUAGAUGGUUGGAAGAGGAUUAGCAUUUUACGGUACAGCAGAUUGGUUUAUACUUGCUCGUUGGGGAAACUAUUUUUCUCUGUUCUUUUUUUGUUCCAUGGUUUUCAUCUCCACGAAAUACCCCUUGGAAGAGGAAAACAAAGCAAGCAAAGUUAUAUAUACACAUUAUAUCAUCAGCCAGAGCUGUCAUCCUCUUGCAACAGUUGCUAACCAUGCCCAGCCCAUCGGAGUAAUUAGAGAACUGAUGAUGUGUGUCUCAGUCUUGUUGGCCGUAUUUGGUGAUUCUUUGAUUUUAUCCUCUUUGUAAUCUGUCAUCCGUGGAUGGCAAGUGUACUAUAAUUGGUCUAAUCUGUUUAAUAUGUUUUCUUACGAAAGGAAUGUGGGAGGGAGGCUAGCUUUAUUGUUAUUAUCAUUAUUAUUAUUUUUUUUUCCCUUUUCUUUUUCUUCGUUUCUCUCCCUUUUAAUAUAUUGACCUUUUUGUAGAAUUUGCUCUUGUUGAAAGAUGGAAGGAAUAAAUAGUUUCUCCUAUAUAAUAGCAGCGGUUAUUUACUA